AUGAUAGUAGCUUCAACAUCCAAUCCACCUAAAGAUAGUCCGUACCCCCUUCAAUGCCCAAUGAUAACCUCAUCAAAUUACAAUAUAUGGUCGAUCAAGAUGGAAGCUAUUAUGGAUGCCCAUGGGUUGUGGGAUACCAUUGAGCCACCAACCGGUGUGGUUGUGGAUGAGAAAAAGAGCAAGCAAGCUCGAGCCUUUAUCUUCCAGUCGAUCCCAGAAAAGAUGCUUGCACAGGCUGCCAAGAAGAAAACAACCAAGGAGGCUUGGGAUUCUCUAAAGUCACGGUACGUGGGUUCAGAGAGGGUCCAGAAGGCAAGGUUAUGGGUACUAAAGAGUGAAUUCGAAGCACUUCAAAUGAAGGAGACAGAGACCAUAGAUGAGUAUGUAGGGAAGAUAUCAUCCAUGAUCUCAAAGUUUGGAAGUGCAGGGGCAAUAUUAGAAGAUGAAGAACUGGAGGCAAGUGGGCACUUAAAGGCUUAUGAAGACCGACUUCAACUCCGGAAGGCAAACUCAAGUGGUGAUAAUGCCUUGUUACUUGCAAAGUUGGAAGGUUCCUCAAGCCAUCGCAGUCCAAGUAAGACUGGGGGUCGGGGGAGAGGUGCAAGUAGUGACAGAGGUGGAAGGAGCGGUACAUGGGGUCGGGGGUCGACUCGUGGAAGCGGCAGACGCUGGGGUGGUAGUUCACGACAGGAAGCAAAUAACUCCAAUCGGAAGCCAAGAGAAAAAAGCCAUAUAAGAUGUUACGAGUGCCAAGAACUUGGCCAUUAUGCUUCCGAAUGUAAUGCCAAGAAGCACCAAGAUCAGGAGGUGAACUUAGCUGCAGAUGAAGAUGGACCCGCUUUACUGUUAACUGUACAUGGAGAAGAAAAUACAAGUAUGGUCCUUCUGAAUGAGGAGAAGGUGUAUCCAAACCAGUUAAAAGAAAAGGAAGAUAACAACAUGUGGUACCUAGACAAUGGGGCUAGUAACCAUAUGACUGGUUUUAAAGAUUUAUUUGCUGAACUAGAUGAAAAGGUGACUGGACAAGUAAGAUUUGGAGAUGGGUCUAAGGUUCCUAUCAAGGGGAAAGGCACUCUACUAUUUGAUUGCAAAAAUGGUGAUUAG